GAUCAUUUUUUAGUAGAUACUUUCUUCUUCCUACAGAUUAUUUAUGUGUUUAGAAAUCCAAAGGAUGUCUUGGUUUCCAGCUAUCAUUUUUACAAAGUGCUAAUCAUAAUGGAAACAUCCAAACAGUUUGAUGCUUACUUCGAGAGGUUUUUGGCUGGCAAAGUGCCCAGUAGUUUGUGGCUAGACCAUAUAGAAGGCUGGUGUGCUCAUAAGAGUGAUUUCAAUAUUCUCUUCCUUUCUUAUGAAGACAUGAAAAAGGAUCUGAGAAGUUCUGUACUGCAAAUAUGCAACUUCCUAGGAAGAGAACUAACUGAAAAGGAGGUGGAUGAUGUGGUGGAUAAAGCUACAUUUGAUAACAUGAAAAUGGAUCCUAGAGCAAACUACAACUUAAUGGCUCCUACCGUAGCAGAUUCUAGCAAAGGGGUCUUUCUUCGUAAAGGCAUUGUUGGGGAUUGGAAGAACCACAUGACUGUUGCCCAGAGUGAAAAGUUUGACCGUGUCUUUAAGGAGAGGAUGGAAAAGCUGCCCUUCAAAUUCUGCUGGGAUAUUCAGGAGGAUCCUCAGCCUAUUUCCAGCUCAGUGGAGGAAAAUAAUGUGUGAUAUGUGCCUUCAAUUGACUUGAAUCAGAGAUGACCUUCCAAGAAUAGUCUUUAUGUAGAUGUUUAAUUCUCAACUUUGCAGAGAUCAUAGAACAAAGCAAUACUAAAUUCUAUGCCCGUGAUGGUGAACCUAUAGCACGUAUGGCUCUCAGUGGGCCUGCACGCCUUCGCCAGCUGCUUUUCUGGUUUCUGGUCAACUGGUCUUUGCAGAUGCUGGAGCGCCAGAAAACGGCCUGAAAACUCUUUUCCAGGCCGUUUUCCAGGCCAUUUUCUGGGCCAUUUUCUGGCCGUUUUUCUGUCCUUUUUCUGCCCUUUUUCAGGCUGUUUUUGAGCCAUUUUCAGGCUUUUUUCAUGCCAUUUUUGGGCCAACAAAGCCCAAAAUGCCCCUAAAACAGUCAAAAAACAUCCUGAAAAUUUCCUGAAUAAUGGCAUGAAAAUGUCCCAAAAACGGCCUAAAAACAGCCCAAAAAUGGUCUGGAAACAACCUGGAAAAUGGCCUGAAAACUGCCCAAAAAACAGCCUGUUUCUUGCAAAUGACCCAGAAAACGGCCAAAAUUGCCCCCCAAACAGCUUGAAAACAGCCCCCAAAACGGCUAAAAACUAGUCAUGCAUGCACCAGCCAGCUGGUCUUCAGCUUUCCGGCACGCACACAUGCAUGUGCAUUCCAGUUUGGGCACUCAGUGCCAAAAAGGUUCACCAUCACUGUUCUAUGCUAUUAUUAAAUAUAAUAGGAACUGCAGAAAAUAGUUAAUACUACAUCUGUGACUAUUGCAAUUUCCAUAAGAAUAUAAAAUAAGAUGCUUUGAACUGAUUGUUGUUGAGUGUUAAUUCAGAGACUGCAAAAUAUAAAACGUAUCCUGUUAGUGUGCUCCCUGUGCCACUGGCAUUUACAUAACAAUAAAUAAAACCAGUUAUUCUCUCUGUGUCCUUCCCUGGGAAUUAAAGAUGGACUAUUCACAAUUCCACAGUCUGACUAGUGGGAAUUGCAGGAUGCAUUCUGUGUUUUCCACUGCUCUAAUCAUUAAAAUUACAAUGUGGUUUACAACAA